UAAAUUUUAACUUUCACAAUGGCCAGCCAGCAAGGGGCUCCCUCCCGUCCGUGGUUUCGUUUAGCCACCAUGGUCCGCCCACCACCACCACCACCACCACCUGCCCCAUCCAAUCAAGGCCCUCCACCACCAAGGCCGCCAGCCUUCAUUCGACCUACUUUUACCGCAACAGCUCCUCAAUCCACCCUUGUCGGGCCUCCUCCACAACCUAGCCCGGCCCAACCACCCCAACAAACUAGUACCCCAACCCCACCACCUCAACAACGCGACAUUACCCCCUCUCCUCCGCGAUCCACCCCAACCCCACAACCAUCACCUCCUCCACCAAUUAGAACUAAUGAGGUGGAACCAACAACACGUGAUCCACCUAGUAAACCACCAUCCCCACCCCCUAGCACCCCUCCAUCACCUCCUAAAUCGCAAUCCACACGCGAAAUAACCCCACCAUCCUCUCCAACUAAAACGAUAACAAAAAGCCCACCGCCGUCUCCACGGGCUACCACUAAUAAUGUGGUAACACCACCGGCAUCCCCACCAUCUCCCAGAGUUCAAAGGGCGCCUCUCGUUUCACCUCCACCGCCAUCUCCACCCAAGAGGUUUCGUUUUUAUACCUCACCACCAUCCUCACCGCGUCGCCCUCCCCCAAUGCAACUACCUGAACAUCCAUUACCACCAUCUUCUCCGCCUAGAAGCACCAUCGAAACCUCAGCCACCACAAAACCCCUUUCUCCGCUAGUACUCCCUUCUUCACUCAAACAGAAAUCAUACAAUGACACACCUCCAGAAUACAUGCAAAAGACAAUGCACGUUCAAGAAAUCAAAGAAAAACCCAUGACUACUACUACUACUUCAGCUACCGGUUUACUUAACGCCCGUGGGACUCACACCCACAACUCUACUAGAAGCAGACCCGAAACGACUCAUAAGAAACAUUUGGAUUCAGAAGAUGCAGGGGGGAAGAAUAUUAUAACUAUUGCAGGUGAAAACAAAGGGGCUCUCAUGAUUUUGACUCCUUUUGAGGAAAAAAAACGUGAGUCAAGUCACAACAUUCACAUCAGCAGUAGACACAAUCCUGCCACUUCAAGCAAUAAUGAUGAUGAAAAAUUACUUGAAACAGACACAAAAGCAAAGGACAAGCUGCUGAAUCAUAAUAAUAAUAAUAAUCAACCAAACUCAUUACUAAAGACCGCAUUCCUGAAUAGUAACGUACAAGGUAUUAAUAAUUCUAUUCUCUUCAGUAGCUCCGUUAAUCAUCAUGAUCCCGGUAUCCACCUCACUCUCUCAGCUGCAACAAAGCCUGGCGGUGGUACUACUCAUGAUUCUACUCGUUCCAACAACGGCCAACAUGGUAACAUCAUCUAAAAAUUGGAGCAUCAAAUUACCAACGUAUUACGAUAUGUGAUUGUCUUUUAAUUAAUUAGAGUUUGUACGUGAGUGAAUGAUGAAUGAAUAAGUUGAGCGAUCAAUCCGACGAUCCGAUUAAUAAUAAGUUAUUAUAUGAAGUAUGUAAUUUGUUUUAUGACAUGAGGCAUGCAUGAUUUUUAGA